AUGCUACACAGGAGGCUGUUUCAUGGGAUGGUAUAUGGCUUUCAAUGGCUUCAAUUCCAUUUUGCCUUUUAUGCCGAACUUGAUCUGCUUGUUAUCUUGUUGAUCCUGUUAUGUGGUAGUAUUCACAAGUUGUGCACCACAGUAAACUAUGUGCUUUGUGGUCAGGACACAAAGCAGGAUAGUCCGUUUGCACUAAUAGCUAUUGACCGAAAAUGCAAAGAUGAUUUUGGAAAUAGUGCAAAUAGUCUUGGUAAGGGAAGUCGGCGUACAUCAAAAGGAUUAUGGCUUUUAUGUUCUAGUUCAUAUUCGGACAGGGUUUGCGAAAGUACAGAGAUAUUCUUUUCAGGGUGUGCUUAUAGAGUAGCCAAAGUUAUUUUGUCCGGAAGGUGGCUUUUUAACAACUGGCGGGUGUUUGUAACUGAUGAUUCUUGA